UUCUGGUACACAGGUGGUGUUUGAUUUUAUUUCACAGUGGUUUUCUCUCUCUCUUUCACACACACACACACACAGGGUUUAACCAGAAGCUUUAACAACUCUCUGUGUAUUUGAUAAAGGGAGCAACAAAGUUGGGUCUGUCAGAUUGGCGUGCAUUACAUUGCACAGAGAGCGGGAAAGAAAGUUCAGUGGGUGUGUUGUAGGAAGAAAGGGGGUCCUCAUGCCUCUUUUCUGAAACCAAGCCGCUUUUACUUUCUUCAUACAGCUAGCUUAGCUAAAUAUAUACAUACAUAUAUAUAUAUAUUGAUAAAGAAAGGGAAAAAAAAAAAAAGAGUCAAAAAGAAGCGAAAAAUCAUCAAGUUUUUAUUUUUAAUAAAGAUUUGGGCAAAGUAAAGUUUGUAGUUUGUGGUUUUCAUUUUUAGAGUAUUUUUGGAUUUGGGUAAGUGAGAGAAACCGAAAAAAAGAAAAGGUGUGGGUGGUGGGGGCGGUGGUGCUGAUUCAAAGGAAGGAAGGGGAGAGAGAGUGGGAACAGUCUGAGCUUGGCCUUUUGUGUUUUUGUGUGUAGCUGUGGUGGCUGUCAAAGAUGAGGAACAGCUCAUCUUUUUGAUGGGUGCAUGGUCUUUUUUGGGUUUUGUUUGGUGGUUUUCUGUGGGUUUGUGGGGUUCUCUGCGUAUUUAGUGCUCAUGCAGUGAACAUGUUUGUUUUUUGUACCCAACCCAUAUUUUGAUUCUUGGUACUUGACAGGCUGAUAGACGUCGGAGAAGGAGUUGCAUUGCCACUUUCAUUUUUUUUUUUUUUUUUUUUUUAAAGGUGUUCUGGCUUGGACUGAGACAGCAAGCAGAGUACAAAGAUAGAAGAUUUGCUUUAAAGGAAGGAGAAUUGUGGUUUUUGGGUUUGUGAAAACGUUGUGGGCCAGGAAAGGUUCGUGGUGGUUUGUGAUCCAUUGGAAAACCAAAACAAAGAACGAAGAAGGCAGAUAUCAAGCAUAAGAAGGAUAAACAAAUAAGGCAAAGGGCGGUGGUGUCAGUUUUGGGCAAGUGGGGGUAUCUCAGGCUUUGAGAUUUAUAUAUGUUUGCUGGCAGUGUCUCCUUAACUGACCCUCUUCGCCCGGAGUCCUUGGGUUGUGUUUGCAAUCCGGGAAGCAUCCUCUUCUCUUGGUCUCUUCUCGUUUCCGUUAAAAGUUUUUAAAAUUGGUUAAAACCUCAUUUGCUCUCUCUCCUUGGUUUGUGGAAAAGAUUCGGUCAUACUAAGAAAAAAAACCUGAGUUUUUAUUGAUCUAUUCUUGCUUCAAAAACCUGAGUUUUUGUUGAACUAUCCAGCUCUUCAAAACUUUUGGCGGUUUCUGUGUAUUUUUCUGAGAAUUUUAGUUUGAAAUUGGUAGAAGUUGAAAUUAGAAUCUCAGAAGGUAAACAGAAAAGGAGAACUUAUCUUUGCCAAAAUGAAGUUUAUGAAACUUGGAUCGAAGCCUGAUUCAUUUCAGACUGAUGGUGACAAUAUUAGGUAUGUGGCAACUGAGUUGGCAACAGACAUAGUUGUUAAUGUAGGUGGUGUGAAGUUCUAUCUGCAUAAGUUUCCACUAUUGUCCAAGAGUGCGCGCCUGCAGAAAUUGGUUGCAACAACGAGUGAGGAAAAUGGUGAUGAAAUCCAUAUUCAUGAUUUUCCCGGUGGACCUGCCGCUUUUGAGAUAUGCGCCAAGUUCUGCUAUGGUAUGACGGUCACUCUGAAUGCUUACAAUGUGGUUGCAGCUCGAUGUGCUGCAGAGUACCUUGAGAUGUAUGAAACUGUUGACAAAGGAAACCUUAUUUACAAGGUUGAAGUAUUCCUCAACUCCAGCAUCUUUCGAAGCUGGAAAGACUCAAUUAUUGUUCUUCAGACAACAAGGUCUCUUCUUCCAUGGUCUGAGGAACUUAAAAUUGUGAGUCACUGCCUCGACUCCAUUGCUUCCAAAGCUUCCAUUGAAACUUCCAAGGUGGAGUGGUCAUACACCUAUAACAGAAAGAAGCUACCAUCUGAGAAUGGGAAUGAUCCUCACUGGAAUGGUGUGAGAAAACACCAGAUGGUUCCAAAGGACUGGUGGGUAGAAGACCUUUGUGAACUUCAUCUUGAUUUGUACAAACGGGGCAUUACAACAAUUAAGGCAAAAGGCAAAAUCUCUAAUGAUGUGAUUGGAGAAUCCUUACAUGCAUAUACUCUCAGAAAGCUGCCAGGUUUUGCCAAGGGUAUCAUUCAGGGUGGUGAUAUCAUGAAAAGUAAAUAUUUGGUAGAGACUAUUGUGCACCUUCUUCCCUCAGAGAAAGGCAGUGCCCCAUGCAGUUUCUUGCUUAAGUUGUUAAGAGCCGCAAUACUGUUAGAAUGCGGGGAGGUGGAAAGACAUGAGUUAAUGAAAAGAAUCAGCCAGCAAUUUGAAGAGGCAACAGUGUCUGAUUUACUACUUCGAGCCCCAGCUGACGAAACUACAAUUUAUGAUGUAGAUAUAGUUCAAAGCCUGGUUGAAGAGUUUUUGACAAAUGGAAAUAUUGCUCGGACUGAUCCUCUCAUGGAAAAUGAUUUCCAUGAGAUCAGAAGCCCAGGGUUUAUAUCAGAUGCUUCCAAAGCUAUGGUAGCAAAGCUCAUUGAUGGUUACCUUGCUGAAAUUGCACGCGAUCCCAACUUACCUUUGUCAAAGUUUGUAAGUCUUGCCGAAAUGGUAUCAAACUUCUCAAGAUCAUCUCAUGAUGGGCUUUACCGUGCCAUUGACAUGUAUCUAAAGGAACACCCAGGGAUCAGUAAGAGUGAGAGGAAGAGAAUAUGUAGGUUGAUGGACUGCAGGAAGUUGUCAGCAGAUGCCUGCAUGCAUGCUGUGCAAAAUGAGCGGCUGCCCUUGCGAGUGGUAGUGCAAGUCCUCUUCUUUGAGCAAGUUAGGGCGACAACAUCUGCCGGCAACAGCACACCAGAUCUGCCAGGGUCCAUCAGGGCUUUACUCCCUGGUGGGUCUCGUGGGAGUUCGAGAUCUACCACAACAAACACAGAAGAGGACUGGGACGCUAUGCCAACUGCAGAGGAAAUCAAGGCUUUAAAAGGGGAGCUUGCAACUCUAAGGUUAGGAGCCGCUGAUGGCGGAGUUGUGAGUAAUAGAAAUGAGAAUGAUGGGACCAAAAGUAAUGCUGAAAAACUUGCUUCCGGCAAAAUGAAAGGUUUGCUUGUGUCCAAAAAGAUAUUUUCUAAGCUAUGGUCAGGCAAAGAAAGGAAUGGUGAAAUUAGCAGCAGUUCAGACACAUCAGAGAGCCCUGGUUCUACUAAUGCAGAAGAAACAAAAUCCAAUCAUUCAAGAAGUAGGAGGCAUUCAGUAUCUUAGUAAAAAGCAGCAUGCUUAGCAGAGUAGAAGCAUGGGCUUUUUGGCUUGUAAAAAUUAUUCUCACUCAAAUUGACAUUAGGAAAUUAGAAUCCGCUGACAUCUUGUAGUUGAUUUUUCACUGGAUUUCUGGGAAAUAGAGGUGUUCUAUGAUCAUGAAAUCUUUCAUUCCCUGUUAGCAUUAAGAAAUGCCGACCAUCACAUUGUUGUCUAAUUACCUGGGCCGGCUUAACAAUGAGGCCGUUAAGGCAGAGGCCUAGACUUGUAGAAAGGACCCAAAAUAAUUGAUUUUGUACCAUUUUCUUUA